AUGCAACAAAAUGCCUUCAAUUUGGUUAUUGCUGUAGAUGUGAAAGCAAUAUGCGAAGACCUGAACUGUAGUGCGUAUUCAAUUCACAGAGACGAGAACAACAAGAUUAGAGCUGAAGUGGUAAAAAUCGUUUCUAAGAAGUACGAAUGUCAGUAUGAAGAAUUUGCAUCCGAGAUCCGUGAUGAAGUCCUAAAAGUGGACGUGAAUAAAAAUCUUUCUUCACGUCAACUAGAAGAUAUGAUGGAGAAAACAGUAGACGUGCGGGUGCACUCUGCACUGAACGCUACUGUUAUAAGAGAGGGCGAACUUCGAGAAAAAUUGGAGCAGUUAAACGAAAAGUUGUUAGUUAUUGGUUGCGCGCGAUUCAUAUACGGUCACGUUCAAGCCGAAUCAACAACUAGACCAACUGUUACCACUCCUUCCCCUCCUAUCCCUCCUACUCCACCAAGGAAACCAGCAGUUAAAGGUUACGUAAGCAAAACAGCAUAUGACUUUAACAACACUCAAACGUUUGAAUAUACUCUUGUUUUGCCUGUUAAUUUCAUGGAAGAUCAUCAUAAAAGGACGGAGCAAUUGAAUAUCUACAAUGACAUGAAUGCGAGCCUCUUGUUAGUAUUGGUCACUGCGAUAGCUAAUGUCAGAGCAAUAUGCGAAGCGUUUUCAGAAUACCAUGCGUACUCGCCUAAUGAGACUGAUAAUAACCGAACAAGACAGGAAGUGGUAGAUAUCGUUUCUGAAGCGGCCACUGUAACUAAUGUCAGAGCAAUAUGCGAAGACUAUCUGCGAUUCCAUGCCUAUGCUAAUACUCAGAUAGAAAAUGACCAAAAAAGGCAAGAAAUCGUAAAUCUUGUUACUGAAGGGAAAUACGCUUGUUCUUACGAGGAGUUCGCGUCUGAGAUUCGUGACAGACUUGUGACUGAACUGAAGCAAAACGAAAGCAUCUCCAUCUCCUUCUCCGAACUACAAGAGCUAGCGGAGGACAUACUUAACGAACGGCGACGUCAACUAAACUCUACAGUUAUAGAAAAGCAAGUCUAG